AUGACGACGGUGUCGACGAGCUGGAGUGGUGACAUGAGUGGCCUUCUGCCGAGCUCAACAUCGACGUCAACGUCAACGUCAACAUCGAUGUCAACAUCGACGUCAACAUCAGAGCCGAGCACGUCAGUGCCGGAGGAGGACCAGAGCCUGUUCUUCCGCCUGUCCAACAUCCCUCGAUACAGCAUGUUUGUAGACCUGGCGUGGCAGACGGGACUGGCGCAGGUGCUGGACAACAAGCAGACGGUGAUGACCGUGUUUCCGUUCACCAACGCCGGGUUCUCUGCAGUUGAGAGCGACGUGCUUGGGCUGGACAUGAUGUCGCUCACGUCGCUGAUGCAGCGGCAUGUGGUGAUGGGCCUUCCGCUGGAGCUGCGGUUUCCGCUCUCCUUACAGCUGGGCAACCUGGACGGCGACUUGCUGUCGAUUGCCGGGGCACGCGGGGUGUACACGGUGAACCGGCGCCGCGUGACGCAGCGGAACAUCAACGCCAUCAACGGGUUUGCGCACGGCAUUGACGGCGUGCUGCUCGGCGAUCUCACCACAACCACGACCACAACCACGACAACCACGACCACAACCAUGACAACCACGACCACAACCACGACCACAACCACGACCACAACGACACUGUCAACGACAACAACGACGACGUUUGGUGAGAGUGGCAGUGGCGAGACCAGCACAUCAUCCACGACAACACCUGUGAGCACCAGCGAAGGGUUUAGCGGCGACACGUCAACGUCGACAAUGGGCACGACCACCGAGUUCAGCGGCGACACCCCAACAACAGCGACGACGACGAUGACAACGACAACGACGACGACGACAACGGUGGUUGGAUCCGGUGAUGAUGGGUCUGGCGAGACGUCCACGUCCACAACAUCGUCGUUGUCUACUCCAACGCCAGCAACGACAACGACGACGACGACAGCAUCAACCUGGAUGAGCGGUAGCGGGGACACAUCGACGAGCACGAGCACAAGCGCGAGUACCAGCACGUCGAUGAUUACAACGACGAUGGAUGGUAGUGGUGAGGUGGACACGACCACAACCAGCACCACGUCAACGUCGUUCUCAACAACGUUCCCUGGCACAACGACAACGACAACGACCACUGUGCCGCCGGAGCAGCUGAGCAUGCUGUAUCGUCUGUCGAUUGAACCCGCCUACUCGACGUUUGUGUUCCUGGCGCAGCGCACGGGCCUGGCCUCUGUGCUGGACAACAAGCAGUCCUUCCUCACCGUGUUUCCGCCCACCAACGCCGCGUUCAACAAGCUUGGGGCAGCGAAUCUGGGCAUUUUGUUUGACAGCCGCAACCUUGAGACGGCGCGGCUUGUUGUGCAGCGGCACAUUGUGGUUGGCUUUCCGCUACAGCUGCUGUGGCCGCUAUCGCUACAGGUUGCGAACGAGGCUGACGAGCUGCUGACGAUUGAGGGCGGUGCCGGGGUGUACCGCGUGAACGGCCGACGGGUGGUGCGACGGAACAUGCAGGCACUUAACGGGUUUGCCCAUGGGCUGGAGCAGGUGAUCACGGAUGAGCUGCUAACAACGACGACAACGACAACGACAACGACAACCAGCACACCUCCCAUGAUGAGUGGCAGUGGGGAGAGCACGAGCGCGAUGAGCAGCAGCAGUUCAAGCAGCACGACUUCCAUGGACAUUGGGAAUGGCACAUCGACAGUGCCGUUGAGCACUACAGGCACGUCGACGUCCACCUCGACAAACGCCAAUGCAACGCGUGAGGUCUCAACGUCGACAACAUCAACAUCGACCGUGACUACCGUCAGCAGCAGCACAAGCAGCAGCACGUCCUCCUUCACCACGGCAUCUGUGAACAUGACAACAGCAUCCACGUCAACGUCAACAUCGUCCGCCUCAUCCUCGUCGUCCUCGUCGUCAUCCUCAAGUUCCAGUACAACAUCCACCAGCAGCACCACCAGCAGCAGCUCAACAUCCAGCACAAGCAGCAGUGCGUUCAGCACGAAUGCGACGGUGAAUGCCACAGUAUCGACACCACUGUCGACGACCAGCACCACAUCGACGUCAGUGGGACCGCACGUGACGGUGAUCACACUUGAGGAUCGCUCCCUCUCGUCGCUGAGCCUGACGGUGAUUGCCUUUGCAGCGCUGCUGUCGAUGCUGUUUGCAGUCCUGCUUGGUGUUGUGCUGGUGCGCAAGCAGCGGCAAGUGCGCCGUGCCCAGAACAGGCUGGAGGCGGCGACGGCGCAGCCAGAGGAUCUGGAGUGGGACAACACCAUGAUCCCCGCAGGGAAGGAUGUCGCUGUGUCUGGACAGGGGAGUGGGGUGUAUCCCGUUGCUGUGGAGCCGCUCGGGAAGGCGCUCGAUGGUGGCGGCGAUGGUGGCGAUGACAGCGGGCACGCUGAGGAUGGCAGCAGUGGCGGUGACUCGCACCAUGCGCAGUCAUCGGCCGCGGCGAGCGAGGACGCAUUUGGCGAUGAUGACGACGCGGACUUGCCGUGGUGA